CGUCGACUUUACCUACUGUUUCCCUUGCAAUUAACUAGAUAUUAGAGCUGGCAGCCCAGCCACACCACCCUUGAAAAACACCAGAAGUGCUUUAUUUCUAUUCUCCUGGUCGCAAGUGAACAUUCCCACCCCAAGAACAGUAUGGCACAAACUCCACAACAGCGCAAGGCGAAUGAGAAAUAUGCGAAGAGCGAGGCUGCAAAGCGAGGAAGAGGAAUAACUACACCACGGCAAAAACAGAGCUCGAAAUCCCCAGUGUCCGUUGGCUGGGUCGUUCUUCUUGCAUUUGUGAUUUGUGGAGGGCUAGCCUUCGAACUUCUAAGAAUUGUUCCGGAGAUUUGGUCAAGCGCUGUUUCGAUGUUUAAUCGCCUGGCCUUUUAGGCGCCGUUGACCAAAUACCAUGGGAAAUCUUGUCCAAUGCUUAUCAAAACCGCUUCUCUGAGGGCGGCUGAUAGCCCAUCACUUCCAGGAUCGGCAUAUCAGACGUGAGGUUGUAUACAAGGGCAAAACCUCACAGGUUGUAGGACCUGAUAUGUCUGUCUGUUCGCAUCAGCCCCAGGACCAAGGGUUCUUCUGUAUUAUUUCGUGUUGUAGUACUUGACUGUUAUGCUAGCAGAAUAAUCUAGACCAUACAUAGGUGUGCAUAUGGG